UGUUCUAUUAUUAAACGAAUGGUGCAUGUUCUAGGUGCUGCCAUCUGGUAGUUGUCACGUACAUAGCUCCGCUGAUCCGCCCCCCUGAGUCUCAGUAAUAUUUACGAUUGAAUCUUGUGAACGUUACAAGGAACUGUCCAGCCAACAAAACAAGUAUUUGUUAUUGCUUUUAGCUGUGGUAGAAGUUGGUAGGAGUCGCCCGUGGAGUCCGCGACGCUGGCCACCGUCUGAGCGGUUAUGUUUCUUUAAAACUGGAUCAUUUUGUGGAAUGGAAGAGGCAUAAAAAUGACUGUCGAUUUUAAUGAUUACUUUUGGGGGGACAAGAACAGUGGAUUUGAUGUGUUGUACAGAAAUAUGAAAUAUGGCUUUUUGGCCAGCAAGGAGUUCACAGACUUCUUGAGGGAGAGGUCCAGCAUCGAGGAGAAUAACUCCAAGUUGCUGGCAAAGCUUGCCAAGCAGGCUGGCAAUUGCUGCAAUCAGGGCACUUUUGCGCCAGUAUGGAAUGUUCUGAAGACCUCUGCAGAACGCCUAUCAGCGUUGCAUCUGCAGAUGGUGCAGAAGGUAUCCGAUCUAGUCAAAGAUGUUAGUAAAUACACAGAUGAUUUACACAAAAAACACAAGUUGGUCAAAGAUGAUGAAUCAGGAACUCUUGAAGCUGUGCAGGCUAUGCAAACAACAACACUAAUGGUACAGAAGGCCAAAGAUCUGUUCACACAGAGAGAACUUGAAGUUGAAAAACUGAAAAAAGAAAACCCUCUGCCCAAUGUGGUAGAAAAAGCAGAAAUCAAAUUAAAGAAAGCCCAGGAAGAAUACAAAAAUUCUGUAGAUAAGUUUGGUCAAAUCAAAGAGGAUUUUGAAAGGAAAAUGACCAUUACUUGUAGGCAUUUUCAAGAUCUGGAGGAGAGCCAUCUGACCCAGAUGAAGGAGUUCUUGAACACCUAUGUACAGGUAGUGCAAAGCACCCAUGAGCAGGUUGGAGAGGUACAUGAGGAAUUCAAAAAUCAAUGCUUGGAGCUUACUGUAGAAAACUUGCUUGAUCAGUUUGUUUUAAGCAAGCACACUGGAUCACAGAAGCCAAGGUUAUUAGAUAUAAAGGAGCCGGUGAUAUCAUCGCCAGCGCAGGAUACGGAACCUGCAAAACCCACUAAGCGAGAAGGUAACGAGACCAAUAUAUCUGGGUCUCAGGCCAUGCCAACACAUGCCAAAUCUUCCCGUCGUACAACCUCCCUUCUUAAUCUCUUCAUGUCUAACUCACAGGGGUCCCGCGAGGGCCGAGCAGGACCAUGCAGUGCACCGUCGAGUCCUACUAAUCCUGGAGAAAUGACGCGUGGCGUCCAGCGAGGAUCUAAAUGGUUUCUCAGAAGCAGAAGAGAUAAAGCCAAACAGAAGAAAGCAAAGAAGAAGAAAGACAACUCAGAUAACCAAAGCAAUAAGGAAGAUAAAUCCGAUUUGGAGGAAAAGGAUGAAGUGCGAAAAAGCCAGACACAGAUUGAAAGUGGCGAUGCCGAUGCUCCAGAGGUCGACGAGGAUGGUUACGUAAUCCAACCGACUACGCCCACGCCGUGGGCCAAUGACAAGAGUAACUUCGAUUCGUCUUCGGACUCGGAUACCGACGAUGAAAGGGAAAGGAAAAUCAGGGUAGAGAUAAAACCGUUGAAUAAUGGAACGGCACCAAUGUCGGCCUCCGUGGACGAGCUGAGGGCCACGGUCGAGAACAUCUACCUAUCACCUGUUAGUGGCGGAUUGGGUCGGCGCGGUUCCGCCUUGGAUUCUCAGGAUGUAGCAAUGAAGCGAUCGCAGUCCGUGUCGCAGCAGUUAGGUGGGAAGCUUAGUAGCGACCUUUUAGGUUUGAAUUUCCAAAGUCCCGCCGCCUCGAAUGCUUCGACGCCCACAAGUUCCCAUCCCUAUGCACCACUACAAAGUCCAUCACAGCCAACAUUGAAUUCUCCUACACUUUCCGCUUCCUCCAAAUACGCCGAUUUGGGCGAUCUGUUCUGCGAGGUAGGUGAUAUACAACCUCCAAACAACGCUGCGCCUAAACCUCGUCAAACGCCAACGCCCACAUCAGGUUAUAUGUCAAUUCCUCGGCCUCCUUCCAGACGAUCUGACGCUGCUCCUAGAGGUCACAUAAGUCCUUCCACUCUAUCGAGAGCGGAUAGCGUCGGCAGUUUGGAAUUCCGGAUUGCCUGUCCUGUUGGUGUUUCUAGAGGACCUUCUCCACUAACGAUUGGAAUGGCUGACACCAUACCGCUGGCUGUGGCCUUCCACGAGAUCGUCCACUCCUUCUUCAAAGGAGCUGACGAAACAAAAUGCCAAGUAAAAAUGUCGGGAGAAAUGAUGCUUUCCUUUCCAGCCGGCAUAGUGACAGUUCUAGCAAAUAAUCCAAAUCCCGCGAAGCUUUCCUUUCGUGUAAACAAUACUCAGAGGCUGAGCAGUAUUUUACCUAAUAAACAAUUAGUUUCAAUUGACAGUGGACAAUCGGCCUCGGAUAGUGUAGUUCUUGAGUUUAAUAUGACUGCUCUAAGUGCCCUACUGAAGAAACAGUCCGAACAAAAUCCAAGCGCUUCGUAUUUCAAUGUUGAUAUUCUCAAAUAUCAAAUUAAACCGAAAAUGGGAGCUAAUUCUUGUCCAUUCCAAUUAGUGGCCUACUGGAAAUGCGAGGAUACCCACACUGACCUCAAAGUUGAUUAUAAAUACAAUUCACAUGCAAUGAGUUCGGCUUCACCUCUAUUAAAUGUCGUUGUUACUGUGCCUGUCGAUGGUGGCGUGAAAACGAAUCAAUCAAAACCGCCUGCCCAAUGGAACACGGAAUCGAAUCGCAUUGUAUGGAAGUUUACCGAACUGUCGCAACAUUCCGAUAAUAGCGGCAUUGGAUCGAUGCUAGCCAGAUUCGAUUUGCAGGAUGGUCCUACAACACCAGCCAUUAUCCAGGCGCAGUUCAAUUGCGAAGGGACAACACUAUCAGGCAUAGUCUUCCAACUGCUGGGCACUGGUUAUAGGUUAUCAUUAGUCAAACGGCGAUUCAUUUCCGGGAAAUACAUCUGUGAUGGUGAUCUGAAGUACUCAAGUUCCGGUACCGCCACGCCCUCCUCGACGACAAGCGCCGGGAACUGCUAGCAUUCCAACAUAUCACGAUCACUGUUCUAGUAAUAACUUACACGGCUCUGUUGCCACUUGCAGGAGGGAAGCCAAUACUAUAUUCACUAUUUGAUUUUAUUACGCGUUCAAUUCAAAAUGAGGAAAUGAUAAACAAUUCUAGAUUUAAUUGCAACAACAGCAGGAAAUAUGCAGAACGAAAAUCUUACGGACGUUCAUGUUAUGAUGCCUAUAUAUAGUUUAUGAUGCCUAUUUUAUAAUCUGUAAAGAUACAUUUUUUAAAUAAAAAUAGAAUGGAGGAGCAUACAUUCUCUCGUUACUUCUACUAUUUUAUAUAAAUAAUGAGACGAUUUCAUUUUGUUUCUUGUCGUCACUA